GGCGAGCCGGAACCCGCCGCCCCAGCCCGAGGCUGAAAAGUGGGGCGCGGAGUCUCCGGGCGCGGCGAGCGAGGGCUGCUUCCGGACGCCAGGGGUCUAGUUUGCCGGCCUCUGCAUCCCGAUUUCUCGCUUCUCAGCCGCACUGAGCGCUGGGGCCUGCAGAUGUUGAGGAGCUUCCAGUGCUGCUUCGUUUUCAGUGCCUGCAUCUCUGCCUGUGCCUCAAAUACCCUCAGUCCCUUCCUCACAAAUUGCAACUUUACCAAUGGACCUGAUUGGCUUUGGAUAUGCUGCGCUUUUGACCUUUGGAAGCAUCUUGGGAUAUAAGAGAAGAGGUGGUGUUCCAUCGUUGAUAGCUGGUCUUUUUGUUGGAUUCUUGGCUGGCUAUGGAGCUUACCGUGUCUCUAAUGACAAGCGAGAUGUAAAGCUGUCACUGUUUACAGCUUUCUUCCUGGCCACCAUUAUGGGUGUGAGGUUUAAGAGAUCUAAGAAAAUAAUGCCUGCUGGACUGGUUGCUGGUUUAAGCCUCAUGAUGAUCCUGAGACUUGUCCUGCUGCUGCUCUGAGAAUCCAGAGACACCGAAGGCUGAGUGCACAUCAUUCUACUGUAAGGCGCAGAGCAUCCUCGGGGUUUAGAAGAUGAAUUUCAGUAUGGCUUAUGGGUGUUUGUUUUAUGUGAGAGACAAAAGAAACACUGUCACCUUUAAUAUGAUGCUAGUUUGAGGUGUGUGUUUGUUUUUUUUUAACAAAAACUUUUACUGUUUUCUAAUUGUCAGGUACUGUUCAUUGUUAAGAUCUGGAUCGCGAUACAUUCUUUCAUUUUCUGUGUCCAGCUUUUAUAUGUGAUUAUUUUGACAUCUAAAUUUGCAAUUGAGGUUUAGAUUAAACUACAACGUAUUAGAUAAUGGGAUACGUUAUCUAUUUGUAAGUGAACUUCACAAAAUGCAGAAUGCUAAUGAGCUAUUUGUCAUUUUUGUUAAUACUAGAAAUUCUGGCUUUCUGUUUUAUUUGUAUUGAUGGGAGCACUGCUUUUUUCCUUGGGAAAAAAAUUUCAUUCUUGGCACAUCCUGUAUAAUAACAGAACGUAUUCAGUAUUCAAAUAAAAGGCCUUCCGCUUUAAGCUCA